GAAAAUACUUUCCUAAGGUACUUAAAAAAUGAGGUUCCUUAUUCUUUUUGCCGCAUUGGCUGUAUCUGCAAAUGCCCUAACUAGCCACGAGAAAUGGGCCCAAUUUAAGGUUGACCAUUCAAAGAAGUACGAACAUCUUCGAGAAGAGCAAGUUCGGUUCCAGAUUUUCUCUGACAACCUCCGCAAAAUUGAAGAACACAAUGCAAGAUACCAAAAUGGUGAAGUGUCGUACUACUUGGGUGUUAAUCAGUUCGCAGAUAUGACUCCAGAGGAAUUCAAGGCAAUGCUUGACUCGCAAAUCGUUCAUAAACCUGAACCUAACAUGACAUCCCGCUUUGUAGUUGAUCCCCAAUCGACUGUCCCUGAAUCAAUUGACUGGAGAGAGAAAGGCGCAGUUGCUCCUGUAAGGGACCAAGGUGGUUGUGGGUCAUGCUGGGCCUUUAGUGCAGCUGGUUCCCUUGAAGGACAACGGUUUUUAAAGGAAAAUAAAUUAGAAGUUCUUAGUACCCAACAGUUAGUAGAUUGUUCCAGAGGUUACGAAAAUCUUGGUUGCACCGGUGGUUAUCCUCAUUGGGCAUUCAACUACAUCAAAGAUAAUGGUCUCUGUCUAGAUUCUGAUUACGAGUAUCAAGGAGAAGAUGGAUAUUGCCUACAAUGUGAACCGGUUGUUAAAAAUAUCAAAGGUUAUCAAUCAAUUGAUAAAACUGAAGAAGCGCUUAAAGAAGCUGUAGGAACUGCUGGCCCAGUAUCAGUUUGUGUCUGUGCUAAUUUUGAAUGGCAAUUGUACGGAGGAGGUGUCUUUGAUCACGCACUUUGCUUUAGUGAUACUUUAAAUCAUGCAGUUCUAGCAGUCGGAUAUGCCGAAGAAAAUGGUAAAGAUUUUUGGCUGAUCAAGAAUUCAUGGGGAACAUCAUGGGGAGAAGAAGGUUAUAUUAGAUUAGUUCGUGGUAAACAACAAUGUGGUAUUAACCAAUUGCCCAAUUAUCCUCUCCUUAAAAUGAGGUUCUUUAUUCUUCUUGCCGUAUUGGCUGUAGCUGUGAAUGCUACGUCAGUCCACCAACAAUGGGCUCAAUUUAAGGUAAACCAUUCCAAGAAGUACGGACAUCUUAAAGAAGAGCAAGUUCGCUUCCAAGUUUUCUCUCAAAAUCUCCAGAAAAUUGAACAGCACAAUGCAAGAUACCAGAAUGGUGAAGUGUCCUUCUACUUGGGGGUUAAUCAGUUCGCAGAUAUGACUUCAGAGGAAUUCAAGGCUAUGCUUGACUCCCAACUCAUUCACAAGCCUAAGCGAGACAUUACAUCCCGCUUUGUAGCUGAUCCUCAAUUGACUGUUCCAGAAUCAAUUGACUGGAGAGAAAAGGGGGCAGUUAAUCCCGUAAGGGACCAAGAGCAAUGCGGAUCAUGUUGGGCAUUUAGUGCAGCUGGUGCUCUUGAAGGACAAAGAUUUUUAAAGGAGGGCAAACUAGAAGUACUGAGUACUCAACAGUUAGUAGAUUGUUCCCGUGAUUACAAAAAUGAAGGCUGCAAUGGUGGUUGGCCUCAUUGGGCAUAUGACUACAUCAAAGAUAAUGGCCUCUGUCUAGAGUCUAAGUACAGGUAUCAAGGAUAUGACGGUUACUACUGCAAAGAGUGUAUUCCGGCUAUCAAAAAAAUCAAUGGCUAUUCAUCUAUAAAUCAAACUGAAGAAGCACUUAAGGAGGCUGUGGGUACGGCUGGCCCAAUUGCAGUAUGUGUCAACGCUAAUGACGACUGGCAACUGUACAGCGGGGGUAUCCUUGAGAGCCAAAGUUGCCCAGGCGGCGAAAGUAUAAACCAUGCAGUUUUAGCUGUUGGAUAUGGUUCAGAAAAUGGUAAAGACUUUUGGCUUAUCAAGAAUUCGUGGAACACUUAUUGGGGAGAAGAAGGUUAUUUGAGAAUAGUACGUGGUAAAAACCAGUGUGGUAUCAAUGAAGUGGCCGAUUAUCCCCUCCUACACCGUAUCUAUCAUUGUGAAAUUAGGUGUGAACGGUGCUUAAAAAUGAGGUUCCUUAUUCUACUUGCCGUAUUGGCUGUAGCUGUGAAUGCUACAUCAAUCCACCAACAAUGGGCUACAUUUAAGGUAAACCAUUCCAAGAAGUACGGACAUCUUAAAGAAGAGCAAGUUCGCUUCCAAGUUUUCUCUCAAAAUCUCCGCAAAAUUGAAGAACACAAUGCAAGAUACCAGAAUGGUGAAGUAUCCUUCUACUUGGGGGUUAAUCAGUUCGCAGAUAUGACUUCAGAGGAAUUCAAGGCUAUGCUUGACUCCCAACUCAUUCACAAGCCUAAAAGAAACAUUACAUCCCGCUUUGUGGCUGAUCCUCAAUUGACUGUUCCAGAAUCAAUUGACUGGAGAGAAAAAGGGGCAGUUGCUCCCAUAAGGGACCAAGGGCAAUGCGGAUCAUGUUGGGCAUUUAGUGCAGCUGGUGCUCUUGAAGGACAAAGAUUUUUAAAGGAGGGCAAACUAGAAGUACUGAGUACUCAACAGUUAGUAGAUUGUUCCCGUGAUUACAAAAAUGAAGGCUGCAAUGGUGGUUGGCCUCAUUGGGCAUAUGACUACAUCAAAGAUAAUGGCCUCUGUCUAGAGUCUAAUUACAGGUAUCAAGGAUAUGACGGUUACUACUGCAAAGAGUGUAUUCCGGCUAUCAAAAAAAUCAAUGGCUAUUCAUCUAUAAAUAAAACUGAAGAAGCACUUAAGGAGGCUGUAGGUACGGCUGGCCCAAUUGCAGUAUGUGUCAACGCUAAUGACGACUGGCAACUGUACAGCGGGGGUAUCCUUGAGAGCCAAAGUUGCCCAGGCGGCGAAAGUAUAAACCAUGCAGUUUUAGCUGUUGGAUAUGGUUCAGAAAAUGGUAAAGACUUUUGGCUUAUCAAGAAUUCGUGGAACACUUAUUGGGGAGAAGAAGGUUAUUUGAGAAUAGUACGUGGUAAAAACCAGUGUGGUAUCAAUGAAGUGGCCGAUUAUCCCCUCCUAUAAUUUUAAAAAUUGUUAUGCCUUACAGUAUAUAUAAUGAAACAUAAAUAAAAAUGUUAUAACUUUA